AACAAAACAUAUAUGUUACGACAUUUUAUUUGAGAUACUAAUUUUGAGAUGUCCCAAAAAGAGAGUAUUGGGACUCUAGUUAAAUUGUGUCUCAUUAAUAAGAUUUAUUAGGACACUUAAAUAAAAGGAUAUUUUUAAUUAAAUAUAUUAAAAUAAAAGGGAAUAUUUAUUCCCCGUUAUUUUGAUUUUAGGGGACUUUUUAUUCUUUCCUUUUGUUUCUCUCCACCUCUUCCGUCUCUUCCGUUCCUCUUCUUCAAAAUCUUUUCCAAUUUCACAUCUAUUUCGUCUAAAUUAUCAGACCUAACUCUGAAAAUUACGCGGGGUUUUUUUCGUUUUCCCGCUUUUCUACCAAAUUGUCCGACCUAAACUCCAAUAAUUUCUACAAAAUUAUUGGGCAGGUUGUGUGGGUUCGACUAACAGAGCUAGUCCUGUAAUUAUACGGUGACAAUUGAGUUGUUUGAUAACGGGUCAAGGGAUUUCCUGCUUGGCCGCCAAGGUACUGAUUCACUUCAAUUUUUUUAGUCUGAUUCUCUUAUUUCAUUCUUUAUAUCGGUCAGUUUUGUUGAAUUAUGUUGUUAAAAGAAUUUUCUCUUGUCGGCUUUUUUUUUUCUUUUUUUUUUCUUCUGAUUUUUUGUUUGGGAUGGGAAUUUGUUUGGCUUGCAUUUACUGAAUGUCUAUGAAUUUUUGUGUUGUUGCCUUGAGUUAUUGGGUUGAUUAAAAUUAACCCUAUGAAAGUAGGUUAUGCUGUGAGAAUCUUAUAAUUGUGCUCUUCACUGUAAAUAAUGGGUAAACAUUCGGUGCUUUGGGUGUGUGGGUGUGGAUAUAUGGGGGUAAAAUAUAAACUUUUUGAAUUAACUUUGGGGGUGGGAUUGGAGAAAGACGACAAUGGAGACAUGGUGUGAAAUCAUGUUUGUAGUUAAUUAGGUGUGGUCAUUUAUGCAGUAGCUUCAGAUUCUUUGAAAUCUAUAUUGCAAAUCAUUGAAUUUCCUGUACGAUUUUGAAAAUAAAAAAAACAAUUAUUGUAUAAUCAAACAACUCAAUUAUCACGUAAAAUUAAAAGAACUAUUAGUUCGUAUUAGCAAGAGAACUAAUAAGAAAAUUAGAAUACUUGGGUAGUAUUGUAUAUUUGAUAACGAAAAUCUUGUAUAUGCAUUUACAUAUUUUAUUUUCUCAGUUUAUAAAUUCUAACUUUUUGCUUAUAUAUUUGUGUUUGUAUCAGGGAAAUUACUGCUAAUAACUUUAAGAACCUUUCAGUGCAUCAAGUAUUUAUUUGAAGGUAUGAUUUUUAUUUCAUAAGUGAAUGUUAAAUUAGAAAUUGCCUACUACUCGAUAUGUGUAAUUGAUGUGUAGUAUUUAUUUUAGUAGGCUUAUAAUGGAUAAAAGUUGGAUGCAUAAAUCAAGAUCAACAAUUGAAUAUAAAAAUGGGUUAAAUCAAUUCCUUGAUAUGGCCUUUUCUAAUGUAUCUCUCGGUGGAAAGAUCAUAUGUCCAUGCAAAUAUUGUAAGAAUGCUAAAUGGGUAGAUCGAGAAACGACAAAAGAACAUCUUAUUGUUGAUGGGUUUAUGAAAGGUUAUACACAUUGGGUUAUACAUGGAGAAGAUACAUCAUCUAGUCAAACUACUUUUCAAAAUCUAGAUCCAAUCAAUACGUUAGAUGAUAUGGAUGGUUUGAUAAAUGAUGCUUUUGGGGUCAAAGAUUCAGAUACAUCUAUGGAUGAAGAACCUAAUGAAUCAGCUAAAAAGUUUUACAAGUUAUUAGAUGAUGCUCAACAAGAAUUAUACCCAGGAUGUAAGAAGUUUUCGAAAUUGGCAUUUAUAAUACGACUAUUUCACUUGAAAUGCAUGGGUAAAUGGUCUAAUAAAACAUUUACAAUGCUUCUCGAGUUGUUAAAAGAGGCUUUUCCUACUAUGACCGAGUCAUUGCCUAAGUCUUACUAUGAAGUACAAAAGAUCAUUGGGGCAUUGGGACUCACGUCUACCAAAAUUGAUGCUUGUCCGAAUGAUUGUAUCUUGUAUUGGAAAGAGCAUGAGAAAAGCACAUCCUGUCAUAUCUGCAAUAUAUCAAGAUAUAAACAAGGUGAAAUUAAUGAAGUUGCAGAUGACGUUUCUUCUGUUAAGCAUAAAAAAAUUCCGGCUAAGGUAUUGAGGUAUUUUCCUCUUAAACCUAGACUUCAAAGAAUUUUCAUGUCAUCUAAGACAUCAACAUUCAUGCGAUGGCACAAGGAAGAAGGCACUAAGGAUGGAAGCAUGAGACACCCUAGCGAUUCUCCUGUUUGGCAUUCUUUUGAUCGUCAAUAUCGUGAAUUUGCAAAAGAUCCAAGAAAUGUAAGACUUGGUUUAGCUGCGGAUGGAUUUAGUCCAUUUAGAACUUUAAGCGUUACUCACAGUACAUGGCCAGUCAUCGUCACCCCAUAUAAUAUACCUCCAUGGAUGUGUAUGAAAGAGCCAUUUUUCUUUUUAACUUUACUCAUACCUGGUCCGUCACCGCCUGGAAACAACAUUGAUGUGUAUUUACAGCCUUUAGUAGAAGAAUUAAAGGUAUUAUGGGAGGACGGGGUUGAAACAUAUGAUGCUUCAAGCAAGCAAAACUUUAAUAUGCGUGUAGCUUUGCUGUGGACUAUUAAUGAUUUUCCUGCAUAUGCAAACUUAUCUGGUUGGAGUACAAAAGGUGAACUAGCUUGCCCAUUGUGCCAUAAAGAUACAUGGUCUAAAUACUUAUACAAAAGCCGAAAACAGUGUUACAUGGGUCAUCGUAGAUUUCUUGAUGAUAAUCACCCUUACAGGAAAGAUGCCAACUCUUUUGAUGGCACAGAAGAAUAUGGUCAGCCACCUAUUCCUUUAACCGGAGAUAAGAUACUGGAGGACUUAGGCGAGUUAAAUGUGAAAUUUGGCAAAAAAGUUUCCAAUAAUCCAGCCCUUCCUUAUAACUGGAAAAAAAAAAGCAUAUUCUUUGAGUUGCCAUAUUGGAAAGAUAUCACAUUGCGUCACAACUUGGAUGUAAUGCACAUUGAAAAAAAUGUUUGUGAUAGUGUCAUCGGGACUUUAUUGAAUUUGGAAGGAAAGACAAAAGAUCAUGAAAACUCUCGUCUUGAUUUAGAAGAUAUGGGUAUAAGACAUGCACUUCACCCUACUAUUCUUGAUUCCGGAAGAAAAUACUUGCCUGCUGCAUGUUUUUCAAUGAGCAAAAAAGAAAAAGAUAUUUUUUUUGACAUCUUACAGAAUGUAAAAGUUCCAGAUGGAUAUGCUUCUAAUAUUUCAAGGUGUGUGCAAAUGAAGCCACAAAAACUUUCGGGUCUAAAAAGUCAUGAUAACCACAUCUUGAUACAACAAUUGCUUCCAAUUGGUUUGCGUAAAGUAUUACCAAAGCAUGUACGAACACAUGUGAUUAAUUUGUGCACCUUUUUCAGAGAACUUUGCUCUAAAGUUCUUAUUCCUCGAGAUUUAGUUCGUUUGGAGGAAGAAAUUUCUAAGACUCUUUGUGAAUUGGAGAAAAUAUUCCCUCCAUCUUUUUUUGAUGUGAUGAUUCAUUUAACCAUUCAUUUGGCAUACGAGGCUCGACUUGGCGGACCAGUGCAAUAUCGUUGGAUGUAUCCUAUUGAAAGGUAAUUUAAUUUAUAUUUUCUUUUAAUUUUCUUAACUUUAUAAAAAUAAAAUGUGAGUAAACUCAUUUGUUCAAGUAUCAGGUAUUUAUCAACAUUGAAAUCUUACGUGCGCAAUCGAAGUCGUCCCGAGGGGUCAAUUGCUGAAGCAUAUUUGAUGGAAGAAUGUUUAACCUUUUGUUCGAGAUACCUAGAGGAUGUGGAGACUAAAUUUAAUAAGAUAAAAAGGAAUGAUGAUAUUUGUGGUGAGAGCACAGUAGAGUUUUCUAUUUUCUCUAAUCCUGGACGUUGUAUUGGCGCAAGAAAUUGUGUAGUUCUUGGUGAGGAAAUAAUUACCAAGGCACAUCAAUACAUCCUGUUCAAUUGCAAUGAAAUUGAGUCAUACAUUGAGUAAGUUUUUUUCACAUAAGUUUUUUUUAUACCAUUUUUCUAUUUUAUUAUGUAUUCAUAUUGCUCAUAUUUUUGUACAGAGAACAUAAAGGUAUAGUAAAAAGUUCAAAUCCUCGAACUCGGAAAAAGGAUAUUGAAAGGAUUCACAGUGAAACUUUUGCUAAUUGGUUCUACAAUCAUGUAAGUUAAUUUAUUUGGCAUUUUUUAUGCAUGUUAUAUUUAAUUUAUUUUCAAAUUAGUUGUUUACUAAUUUAAAUAUUAAAUUAUAUCAAACAGGUUGAACGAUUAUAUCUUGCCGGAAACGAAGUUUCAACAGAACUUAGGGCCUUGUCUCGAGGUCCCAAUCCAAGUGGAAAAAGAUAUCGAGGAUUUAUUGUUAAUGGGUUUCGGUUCCAUGUGAAAAGUCUCGAAAUCAGGAGAAAAACACAAAAUAGUGGGGUGGUUGUUACUGCUAAAACUAGUAGUUUUGCUAGCAGAAGCGACAAUAAUCCGAUUAUUGGAGAUGUGACUUAUUACGGGGUUCUAAAAGAUAUAAUUGAACUUGAUUAUUCUGACUCAAGAAAAGUUGUAGUGUUUUACUGUGAUUGGGUUUCAACACGGAGCGCUCAAAAGCAAGAUGAGUAUGGUUUUACAUCAGUUAAUUUUUCUCGAGCAGGGCAACAUAGUGAGCCAUAUAUAUUAGCAAGCCAAGCACAACAAGUUUUUUAUAUAGAAGAUCCGGUUGAGAAGGGGUGGCGUGUUGUUGUAAAGACAAAACCUAGGGAUUCAUUUGAUAUGGAUUCGGUCUUCAAUUUAGAUGAAGAUGCACUUCAUGUGAAUAAUGACGCCAUUGACAAUGCACAAUCACAUGAUGGAAAUGAACACAUUUGGAUCAGGGAAGAUGUAGAAGGAAUUGUGGUUUAAGAAUUUAUCUAUUUUUCUGCAUAUGAGCAAGAAUUAUAAUUUAGUUUUGAUAUACGUUUUGCAUUUAAAUUUUUAAUGUGCUUUAUUUGUGUAUUUAUUGUAUUUUAGUCUAUUAUAUUUUGUUAUUGCUCAAAAUCAAUUAGUUUCACAAUUUUAUUAACAGGUUAAGGUAAGUUGUCUUGCUAGAUAACAUUUUCUUUAUUUAAUAAAUCAUAAAAUAUUUUUUUACAUUAACGUUUAUAUUAAUUGCUUGUGCAGAUAAUGGCUCCAAACACUAGGCCUCGUAGCAAGCGUGUAUGUUGUGAAGAGUUUGAGCAGCCUCAACAACUUUCGAACUUAAGCUCUCGAGACAAGUGUAUGGCUCAAAUUGACGGGUCUCCAUUUUUUAUUUUUUAUUAUAACUUUGUCUAGUCAGUUAUAUAAUGUAUGUGUUUGCAGGUCAGCGUGGUUUGAGUUCAAUUCACGCUAAAUCAGUUCGAACUGAAGUAGCUCUUUUGCAGCGUAAUGAAACGAUUGAGCAACCUAAUUUGCAUUCUAAUUUAAACUCCCGACACAACAGUAUGGCUCUGAACUUGUCUUGGUCAAUUGCAUUUUUUUAUUUUUUUAUUUUAUGGUUUACUGGUGGAUCAUAUCAUUUAUGCAUUAAAUUCCUCAUUAAAUUGUAGAUCACUGUGGCACGAGUUCAAUUCAGAUUCAAGAAAAUAUUUUGCAGCAUAACACAAGUUGUAAUAGAACUACUUGUGAUGUAACUGAUGACCUGUUGGAAGAUGAAAUUGUGCGGAUUAAUGAAGAUGAUAAUACAAAUGAGAUUGGUAAGAAAAAUUUUACCGACAACAAUUUCAUAUUUUUUUAUUUUUUUUAUACUUAGUGAUCCUAUAAUAUUAAUUAUUGUAGUCGUCAAUAAGAAGAAGAAGGUAAGAGGGGCUACUUGUAUGCCUAAGGUUUGGGGGCAACAACCAAAUGAACUUGUGGUUGUUUCAUUUAAUGACCUUGGGCAACCAAAUGAUCAAGAUAAGACAAGCACGUUGUCACAUUUUCUGGGUACGAUUGCGAGGAAUGGAAGGUAUUGCCCACUUAACUAUGAAGACUGGAGAUUAAUGCCAUACUCGUAUAAACAAGAAAUGUUAAGGAUUGUAAAGGUAAUAAAUUAUAAUUUUCAAAUAGUAUCACUGUAUAUCUUCUUAAUUAUUUUAUGUAUUUUUGUAGGCAAGAUUUCAAUUGCCUCCUGGGCAUGAAACUUAUAUUUUAAAAUCCAUAAACAAAAAAUGGAGGAACUGGAAAAGUUUUGUGAAGAAUUUGAGUAUUGAUCCUGACAUUCCUAUAGAGCAGCAAAAGAUUGAAAUUCCCGAGCGAGUAAAUGAAGAUCAGUUUAAGUCUUUAGUUCAAUACUGGAUGUCUGAAAAGUCAAAGGUAUGAAUUGCAUACCACUAAUAUACAUAGAAACCUUUUACUUACUUUUAAUUAGUAUGUAUUUAUGAAGUCGCAUAUAAGUAGUGUUUAUUGGUAACUGCAUAAGUAAUUGUUUCUUGUACGUGAAUUAUUUUUAUAUUAUAAUUUGUAUUCCUUCAUUGUUUUUGCUUUCGGUUUAAUACUAAUAAAAUAUUGGACAUGGUUUAGAAACAAAGUGAGAAGAACAAAGAUACUCGUGGUCAAUUAGAUUUGCUUCACCACAUGGGCAAGAAGAGUUUUGCAGUUGUGAAAGAAAAAUUGGUAUUAUUUUCUAAGUUUAAUUAAUAUGUAUGUUCUUUGUUGUAAAUAAUAUCUUUACUGUAAUGUAAUCAAUAAAAUUAUUUAUGUAGAGAGAACGAUAUGGAAGACAUCCCACAAGAGCUGAGUUGUUUGAGGAAUGUUAUUAUAGAGAUGGUUCUUCUAAGAGUGACAAGAUAAAAGAAGCUAUCGUUAAAAUGAAAGAAUUAGUUUCACAAGAUUCUCAAAAUUCAAAUGACAACCAAGGUACGUAUAAUCCUGAUGAUUCUUUUGCAAAAGUUAUGGGCAAAGAUAAGAAUGGGCAGUUGCGCAUGUACGGUUUGGGAGUGACACCAAUUGAUGUUUAUGGAGAAAAACCUAGUCGUGCGGCACUUCUUAGACAAGCUAUGGAAUACAAAACAAAAUUUAUGGAAGCGGUGGAAAAAUACGAGACCUUGAACGCAAAAAUAGAUAAUCUCUCAGCACAUGUUCAUGGAACACAAUCGACGAGGCAGACUGAUGGUCAAAGUACGCCACUUACAUCUCCAAAUCAAGUUGGUCUUGAAAAUGCGCCGCUCACAAGUUCCAAUGGACAAGAUGGUUCUGCAUAUCACCCACUAGUAUUUACAGGUGAACAAGUUGAUGCUCAAAGUCCAACAUUUCAAAAUAAUCAGCGUUCACUAGGAUCAACUACUUCACGUGCAAUGCAAAUCAAGGUAAUAAAAUAAGAGCAUGAAAGUUACAGUAAUUAGAUUAUACUUGACAUACUGGUGGUAAUAAAAGUGUCAUGCACAGGUUGGCUCGUAUGUUGUCUUGAAAAGUCUUGGGAGUAUUGAUGAAAUUGUUGCAACUGGUGUAGUGGACGAGAUGGAUAAUGUGAGUGUAAAUGGGACAAAUUUGGGCACUGAUUUUUGUCUGGUUGUCGUUCAGCACAUGGUAAAAAAAGAUGCAAGAUUGAUUUUUCCAUACAAGCAUAUUCAGACAAUUGGAAAUGCUCUUGGAGUACCUAUAGCUUGGCCAUUGUCAUUGGUAAGUUUGAGUCUUAAUGACGCACAUUCUUAGUGUAGCUCGUUUUUUAUUGACAUGCAUAGUAUGAUUAAUUUUUUUUAUGAGCUAUAGCAUAAUACAAAUUUGAUAACUUGUUUUAUGUUAUUAAUUAAAUAUGUAUUCUUAUACGCGCAGGUUACUUUGGAUGAUGAAUUUCAUUUUUGAUGCACCGUUGGGUAUGAUGGAGCUAAAUUAGAUUUUUCAAGUAUGUAGUCAUAGAUUUUAGAAUGAUUAGUUAAAGUCGGCCUUUUUUUGUUAGUGAACUUGUACAAGUAUUGAACUUCGUGAUGCUAUGAUAUUGUUGACUUGUUUUGAGGAUUGAUUGAUAUUUUGAACCAAAUCCAGUUGAUAUUUUUUUCCAAUUGAUAAUUGAGGAUGUUAUGUUUGAUUUGGUGUAUGUUAUUUUUUUUAAAGUAGUUUCAAUGCAUAAUUGGUAUAUAUAUUUGUAGGGAAAUUUUUUUAA